UAAUUGAAUAGAAUAGGUACCUAUUUCCUUGUGAAUGUUAUUUUUUUUGUUAAUUUUUUGUCUGUUAAAUUUUACCUACUUUUUGCAAAAAUAAGUGGUUUACAAGCAUUUUGAAGAUUUCUCAAUAAAAAUGUUCAAACGAUUCGUCUUGUUAUCACAUGGUUUAUCACCGUACAUUUUCAAAAUGAAAAAUAUUUGAUUCACUAAAUUUAUCGUGCCAGUUUCGAUCAUUUUUGUUGAAUUAGUUUUAUUCAAUUUCUAAAUCUACCGUUGAUUUAUUUUUUUUUUUAAAUGAGAAUGCCUUCAUUUCACUCCUAUUUGAAAGAAAAAACAACUUCAGCAAAAUGUAAAAAUUCGUAACUAUUUUUCAUACCUAUCCAUUUUUCACAUCAAAUCAAAUGAAAGCUGUUCAACUUUAAGAUGACAUCGUUGAUCCGAGAUUCAGAUAAUAACACGUACGUGAAAGAAAAUUACUUGGGCAAAGGCGCUUUUUCGAAAUCGUAUAUUUUGAAAAGAGAAGACCAAACUUACUGCGGAAAAUUCAUAGCCCGGGAUAAACAUCAUCUCGAAAAACAACUCGACAGUAUCCAAGAGUUCAAGAUAUUGAGUAAAUUGAGCCAUAAAAAUAUCGUAAAUUUCGUGAAAUGCAUUGAAACUCCUCGUAAUUUCUGCCUAAUUACCGAGUAUUACCCGAACAAGUCGAUGUUCGAAUUAAUUCAACGACGAGGUAAGCUGACUAUUUACGAAGUUCGAUUUUUCUGCAAGCAGUUACUAUCAGCUUUGAAAUACCUUCACGAUAAUAACGUGGUACAUAGGGAUAUCAAACCUCAAAAUAUGCUACUGGACGAAAAAAUGAAUUUAAGAUUAUCGGAUUUCGGUAUGGCGGUAUUAUGCCCCAAGACGAAGACAAUUUACAAACGUCAUAUUUACGGUACACCGAAUUACAUUAGCCCAGAAAUGAUUACGAAAUCUGUUUUCCGCUAUAAUUACAAGGUGGAUAUUUGGGCUGUAGGAUGUUUCUUGUACCAUAUGUACACCGGAAGGACCCCGUUUCGCGGAAAAGAUGAAAAAGUUUUGUACAACAAUAUUCAAAAUUGUUUAUUUUAUUUGCCUACCGAUAUGCCCGAAACGUUGUCGUCUUUGAUCCAGAGAAUUUUUCAAAAAGAUCCCGAUAACAGGCCGAAUGCCAGACAAAUACUCAGCAGCGAAUUCUUCAAAAAUGGUUUCACUCCGAAUUCGUUACCUAUCAGUGCGCUGGUAGAAAAACCGAAAUUUAUCGUCACUUAUAAAGAACCAAAGGCAGUCAAAAAAGUAGAAGUUAUUGACAGUAAAUUUUGCGAAAAUAAGUGCUAUCGAAGGUGCUUGAAACAUUACGAAAAUUAUAUUUCUCAGCUCAUCAACAAGCCAAAUACCAAGUACAACGAUGAUAAAUCUCGAGCAUUCCAUCACGAAAUAGAAUACCCUAUGCUGAAUCCGUUCGUAUGGAUUACGAAAGUAGUGAAAAAUAACAAAUAUAAACAUAUAGGAUACGAAUUGAACGACGGUACCAAAGGAGUAUUAUUCGAAGAUAAAACUGUAUUAGCUUUACUACCGAAUCAACGUAAUUUGUACUACGUAACGCUCGAUAAACAAGUCAAAUUUUAUACCAUUUCGAAGCAUUCGACAACGUUAAAGGAUAAAUUAUCUAUAUUGAAGCAUAUUUUUAAUGUAAAUAUUGGCAGCGAGACGUCGACGGUGCAGAAUAAUAUUUUCGAAAAUAAAGAUUGGUUGCCGAUGCUGCCCUAUCUGCUAUCCUACUACGAAACCACGAAGUAUUUCAUUUUGUUGCUGUCCAACGGCUUGUACGAGGUAAUAUCAAAAAUAGAUGACUUGAAGUUGAUACUGUGUACGAAAACCAACGGCUUUUCAAUUUUGUCUGAUUCCGGGAAAUUAAAAACCUACGAUUUAAAUUCUUUGUUAGACUUUGACUAUCCAGAGUACUUGCACAAAAAUUUAGAAAUCACUUACUCUUCGCUUAAACGAGUGCUUACCAAGAACGAAUGCUUUGCUUGUAAAAAAGAAUUGGAAGCAAAAUGUUAAAUUAAUAUCGCCGCGAAAAUUGUUAAGAAAAAAUACACGAUGUAGUUUGCGAA